CCUUUUUAGGCUUGGAGCCCUUCAAGUCGCCAGUGGGUACUGGGUAGAUCCGGGGCUGAGCUACACGGUUGAUGGACUACACUUGGCAACAUCGAGACGGUGAAAACAAAAGUGCAGACUAACUACUAAUGACUACAACUUGAAUCUGCAACACAAGAUUGUGAAAGAAUCAUUCACGCCGUCCAGUUGACAUCUUUUUCUGUCUGCUAUGGCUUUUGCCAGGAAUAAAAAUGGCAGGGGUAAUUCAAAGCAUCAUAUUUAUGAAUCAGUAAAAAAAGGACUUGAUACUCUGCUGAAGUCAUUUCGUGAUGAUGACUCUUCUACAGAGUAUACAUUUUCAUCUACUCUUUCCACUGAAGAACGAGCAUAUAUCCAUGCUUGUGCACCUACAAUGGGAAUGAUAUCGAGAAGUCAAGGGAAAGGAAGUGAGAGGAAAUUAACUGUAAAAAAAAUAGCAAUUUUUGCAAAAAACCAAAUUUCCAAAUUGAACAUUCAUCCCAAUACAGUUGCAAGGGCAACCCAACUACUCCAAGAGUUUCCCUUGACUGCAGAAGAACUGCUAGAUGUACUGCCACUCGAAAACCAAGCCACUAGGUGCACCACUGAUAAACAAACCCAUGCAGAUUGCAUAAAAUAUCAUAUGCCGAUCAUUCCACAACCUUUGAAAGCCUCUGCUUUGAUCGCUGAGCGAAAAUCCCUUCCUACUUGGAGUCACCGUGAAGAAAUCCUGAAUAUGAUAUCGAAAAAUAAGGUGGUUAUGAUUACUGGUGACACGGGAUCAGGAAAAACGACACAAGUUCCUCAGUAUCUGUUGGAGCUCUUUUCGGAAAGAAACGAGCCGGUUCGUAUAAUAUGCACACAGCCACGACGAAUUGCUGCAAUCUCGGUCGCUGAGCGAGUUGCCAACGAACGUGGAGAGCAGUUGGGAGGGACAGUGGGCUACCAGAUCCGGCUUGAAAGUCGGAUGUCAUCUAAAACUGCACUGAUGUUUUGCACCACCGGAAUUCUCCUCCGGACACUGAUGUACCAAGAAGGCAAUCUGGAAAGAGUUACCCAUUUGAUUAUUGAUGAAGUGCAUGAAAGAGAUCGCUUCGUCGAUUUCCUGCUUGGAGUACUAAAAUCGCGGCUCCCCAGGCUGCCAAAUUUACGGCUUAUUCUAAUGUCGGCGGCUUUAGACAUAAGCGUCUUCUCCAACUACUUUAGCAGUUGUCCAGUUAUGCAUGUACAAGGGAAAUGUUUUCCUGUUACCGAGUACUUUCUGGAAGAUGUUUUAGAGCUGACUGAUCAUCUCGGCCAUUCGUCGCCAUUGGAAAUCGGAGUGUGGGAAGAAAGCGAAAUAAAAAGUACAGAAACAAAAAUAGUUGGAAUAUCCCGUGAAGGGCAAGCGCCGCGAACUUCCAAGCUGGAGAAGAACAAUCCAUGUGUUCUGGAUUCGGGUGCCCGAUUGACAUUUGACUGCUGGAUACAGGAAGCUUUUAUAAUAGAAAAUGCCGAUGCAAUGGAAAAGCUCUGCAAGGCAGUGAUGCGUACACAUUUGCCUGUGAAUUAUCGCCAUUCUCAAACGCGGCUUUCUCCACUCAUGGUUGCCGCCGCCCGAGGACGUCUAGAUUUGGUGAACAGCUUUUUACAGUUUGGCGCUGAUCCAGCCCAAACAGCUGGGCAAUGGACAGCAGCCAAAUUAGCGCGUUCGAUGCACCAUCAUACCGUGGCCGAUUUUUUGGAAAAAUACCAAUCAGAAAAAGCGGAAAGUUUGCUACGAAUCUACAAGGAUCGCCAUGAUGAGGAAGCUGUCAAUGUCGAUCUAGUGUUGGAUGUGCUCCAUCUGAUAGAACAGCAGAGCUCCGAAGGGGCAGUACUAAUCUUUCUUCCCGGAUAUGAGGAGAUCAUGAAUAUUCGUGAUCGUAUCAUGUACAAUGAUUCUCGGUUCGCUGCAUCGGGAAAGUUCGAGGUUUAUACUCUGCAUUCGAGUAUGCAAUCUGGCGAUCAACGAAGAGUCUUCUUUCGCCCACCCAGUGGAAAACGCAAAAUUGUUCUAUCUACGAACCUCGCUGAAACGAGCAUCACAAUUGAUGAUAUUGUAUUUGUUAUCGAUACCGGCAAAGUCAAAGUCAAAUCUUUUGAUGCGGUUACUGGUGUGUCGGCAUUAAAAGCCGAAUGGGUUCCACAGGCUUCGGCCAUCCAACGCAAAGGAAGGGCAGGUCGUUGCAGAGAAGGAAUUUGCUAUCAUCUCUACUCCCGUCAACGCUAUGAAUUAUUUGAGAAAUACCAGAUACCCGAAAUUUUUCGAGUUCCACUCGAAGAACUAUGUCUCCAAUCUAAAAAUUUGGCACCUACCGGUUUUUCCAUUGCUGAGUUUAUUGGCCAAGUUCCAGAAGCUCCCAAAUUGCACGUAAUUCAGCGAGCCGUCAAGAUGUUACAAUGGAUGGAUGCUUUGGAUCCUUGGGAGAAUGUAACCGACCUCGGACGAUUAUUGCUGGAGUUACCAGUUGAACCUAGAGCUGGCAAAAUGCUGCUUACUGCUACGGUGCUUCAUUGUUUGGAUCCUGUUCUGACGAUCGUCUGCUGCCUCAGCCACCGAGAUCCUUUUCUCUUGCCAGCUGAUCCCAACGAGAAAAAAGUAGCUGCAGCUCGUAAGCUUGAACUAGCUGCUGGAACUCUCAGCGACCACAUGGCCAUGCUUCGGGCUUUUAAUUUGUGGUUGGGUGCCCGCGGUUUCCCCCGGAAAGAACGAGACUUUUGUCAUCGUUACUUUUUGUCAUCGGCAACAAUGGAAAUUAUCCACCAGUUACGCAUCCAGAUCUUAGACCAGUUACGAAAAUCGGGUUUCGUUCGCAGUUUGCAAGAACUGAACAGAAACGCUUCUAGCUGGGUUGCAAUUAAAGCAUGCAUUCUCUCUGGUCUCUACCCUCAAGUGGCUCGGGCUUGUGGGUCUGGUAAGUUGACAACCCGUCGUGAACCCUCGGUGCGCUUGCAUAUGACAUCGGCUCUCUUGGGCGAAAAUGGCAACGCAUCUCAAAAAAAGGCCAUCAGCCAACUUCCAAGCAAGUGGAUGGUCUACGAAGAAAUAUCAAGAUAUGGUGGACUUGUGGCUUCUCUUCGUUGUGUUACUUUGGUUAAUACGGUAGCAUUGGCUAUAUUUGGCGGACAUUGUCGCUUGUCUAGCGAGAGUCUGAAAGACCCUGUUCUUUCGUCCGAAAGCGAAAAUGGGGAUGACGACGAUGAUGACUGGACGACUGACGACGCUUCUGAGGAAUCGGAGGACAUUGACGACGCCCUCUUGAAAGAAUUGAGUGAGGGCUUACACGACUUGGAGCUAGCGGAAAAGUUCAGUCAUUCACCUCUGCCGGAUGAAAGAAAUUUCAAACAAAAAAAGAAAAACAUCUCAAAGGCAAAAAGUGAAUUUCAUCUUGAUGAAUGGAUUUGUUUGAAGAUGGAAACUAACGCUGCUCACCAUUUGUUUGCAAUACGCCAAAAAUGGCAGGCCCUAUUUGCUCGUCGAAUGCGAGAUCCUAUUGGCGCUGAAUUGGAAGGUGACAAACAAGUAUUAGACGCACUCCUAAGCAUCCUUUCAAAAGAAGAAGAGGCAUCUGGUCUACCACCUUCUCCCGAAUUCCUAGGCAUCGCCGAAAUGCGACGUCUACACAAAUCCGAUGACUUCGGCAUCUAUCGCCAACCUAAUUCCCGACCUAAUAAUAUCAACCCGGUGUUGGAAUCUAAAAACAAUUAUAUGCCCAACCCUAGGCUCCAUUCAAUGCCAAACUCAUGGCGGAGCAACCAGCGUUCCACAAUUGUUUCAGAUGACAAUUUCGAUCAAAAUUCACGUCCUAAUUCGGCCCGCAACGCUAACGGGCCCUACCACAUGAAUCGAAUUGACCCGUUUCCUAAAGGCUUUAAAGGCAAGGAUCUUGGAAAUCUGAGAUACAAAACUGGCAAUGCAGAUAUGAAUUUCAUGACGCGUUCAUCAGUACCGCAAAGUGGAGGCAACCUCGCUAACCAAGAGCGUGGGCAGUGGUCGAGAAACGGCACAAAUCGAGCCACCCAUAUACAUGACAACGGCGCAUCAGCUUCUAAUAAAGAAUGGAGGAACGAAGUUGAUGUGGGAAACAAGAAUGGUUUCAACUCGAAAGCCAAGCCGAAAAAUCAGUUUACAGCCGGAUAUGGCAACGCAAAUCAAACGCCCAAUUUUCCUAGAGAUCGACUACCGCCGAGGCUGGAACGACGUGCUGGCAAAAUUCCAUCAGAAAGUCAAACGAACAAACAUCAGCCCGAUCAGAGCAAAAGGAUCGUUCCAAAGGAGAAUGCUCAAGGUUAUUUCCAGCGGCAAGCCAAAGAAAGAGGUACCGAUGUACUGAACCAGGAACCAAACGCGAACAUUCAGUUGUCGAAAAGGAGAAAAAGGCCACAGAAACGGAAAGAAACAAACGUUGCCCUCCCGCCCACCCCAUUUUAAAUUUUAAAUUGGUUAAUCGUCAUUUUAUCAUGUGGAGAAAAUUGAGAGGAAAGAAAGUGGGCACGAACGGGCCGAUAGAUUAAAAAAGAAAAAAAAAUCGAAAUUGAGAAGAUUUUUCGAAAAGGAAAAAUGUCCAAUAAAAUUUGUAACUUUCAGCAUCCCCCAUGGGUCUCUAUGAUAAAUUUAAAGGUUAUGGUCCAUACUGUUGUGGUCCCAUCUUUUAUGUCUGUCGUUCUUGCAUUCUUCGACUUGUAAUGUUUCUUGAUAUCGCCUUGGGCCUGGUUUUUAUGAAAUUUUGGAUGUGUAAUUCAGAAGUCAUCAGCGUUUGUUCCCUCUCCAGUAUAUUCCUGGUUCUGUACUGGUUCCGACUUGUCUGACGUGUGUGUUGUCACUAAUCUAGACGUAAUACAGAUUAAAUUCCUUUAUGAA